AUGGUAUCAAGUCAGAAAAUUUCAUGGAGACACUGGAUCAGUAAUCAUGAUGAAAAAUCUAUUGCUGAUUUUAAUGAAACAAUCAGUUUAAAAACUGAACAAUAUGGAUUGGACAAUGUUUAUAAUUCAGAUGAAAGUGGUGUUUUUUACAAGACAAAGCCACUAGUAAAAUCAGUCAAUAAUAUAAAAAUCAUUAAAAAGAGGACCAAAAAAUUCGUUCGCCAUCAAUCCGAUAGAUUUGCACGUGUGAAGAAAAAUUGGAGAAAGCCGAAAGGUAUUGACAAUGUGGUUCGCCAGAGAUGCAAGGGAACAAGGAGAACCCCAAAGAUAGGAUAUGGAUCGAAUAAACGUACCAAGAAAAUGCUUCCAAAUGGCUUAAGAAAAUUUCGUAUAAAUACCAUUAAAGAUGUUGAUAUCCUUCUAAUGAAUAAUGGGAGAUUUUGUGGUGAAAUUGCUGGAACUAUUUCCAGCCGUAAACGGAAGGCUAUAGUGGAAAGAGCUGAUCAAUUGGGCGUUUACAUAACCAAUAGAAAUGCCAAACUUCGAACUGAUCUUAAGGACUAG